CCUCGACCACCUUAUCAGCAGAGCUGAGUUUGUCACAUUUGACCGUUACGGCACGUGCGAAUCGUUGAUUUGCGACCUACUCUCCCUUCUUUCAAUAGUCAAAUAUCCACCGUACGAGUGGCUGGCUCUACCCGUACCAUGGGACUUUUGAAACUCGUCGCAGCCUCGCUGCUGGCCAUUGGCCAAAUCACCACUUCGGCAUCUGCCAUCCCUACCACGGAACUCGCAACCCGACAGGCCGCAGGCAGCAGUUACUGGUUCUCGAGCAUCAAGAGACAGGGUGUUCCUGUCUACGCCGAGCAGGGCUACACUCUCUUUCGCAAUGUCAAAGACUUUGGCGCUGUUGGCGAUGGCGUGACGGACGACACGGCCGCCAUCAACAAGGCAGUCCAGGCCGGCCCCGGCCGGUGUAUCGAUGAGUGCGACUCUCGCACCAACGCCCCUGCUCUUGUCUACUUCCCUCCCGGCACAUACCUUGUUACCAAGCCCAUCAUCCAGACUUACUACACCCAGUUCGUCGGUGAUGCGAUCAACAUCCCCGUCCUCAAGGCUGCUGCCUCCUUUGAGGGCAUGGCUGUGAUUGAUGCCAACCCCUAUUACCCUGACUCGCCCGUCGCCAAGAACUGGUACAUCAACCAGAACAACUUCUUCCGCCAGAUUCGCAACUUCGUAAUUGACAUCACUGCCGUCCCCAUGCAGGCUGGCUGUGGUAUUCACUGGCAGGUGUCUCAGGCCACCAGUCUGCAGAACAUCGUCUUUGAGAUGAAUCCUGACACCAGCGAGAAGAACGGCCAAAAGGGUCUUUUCAUUGAGAACGGCUCUGGCGGCUUCAUGACCGACUUGACCUUCAACGGCGGUGGCACCGGCAUCAAUAUCGGAAGCCAGCAGUUCACCCUGCGCAACAUGACGUUCAACAACUGCGGCACUGCCGUCCACUUCAUCUGGAACUGGCAGUUCCUCCUCCAGGACUUCAAGAUCAACAACUGCCGUGUCGGUGUGGACAUGACUGCCUUUGACAUGAGCACCAUCACGGUUGGUUCCGUCAUCAUGCAGGACACCGUCAUCGCCAACACCCCGAUUGGUGUCAAGACUCUGUACAAGGCUGAGAACGUCAUGACCAACAACACUCUGAUCAUGGACAACGUCGACAUGACGCAAGGAGUCCCCACUGCUAUUCAGAACGCCAAGGACGAGACCGUGGUGCUUACAGGCAACCAGCACGUCGCCAUGUUUGCACAAGGCAAGCAGUACUCCGGAACUGCUGGAAAGGCCAUCCAGGGCGUGCAGAAGGCCAUCACCAAGCCGCAAGGUCUCAUGAGCGACGGCAAGGUCUUCACGCGCUCGAAGCCACAGUACGAAGGUGUGCCCGCCAGCCGUUUCGUCAGCGUCAAGGCUGCAGGAGCCAAGGGCGACGGUUCGAGCGAUGACACACAGGCCAUUCAGAAGAUAUUCGAUGCCGCGAAAGAAGGCGAUGUCAUUUACUUUGAUCAUGGCGCUUACCUCAUCAUGGACACUGUCAAGGUUCCCAAGAACAUCAAGAUCACUGGUGAGAUGUGGCCGUUGAUUAUGGCGACUGGUCCCAAGUUCGGAGACGAGACAAAGCCGAUCCCCAUGUUCCAGGUCGGCGAACCCGGUGACGUUGGCACUGUCGAGAUGUCCGACCUGAUUAUCGAGACCAAGGGCCCGGCUCCCGGUGCUAUCUUGAUGCAAUGGAACUUGGAGGGCACGAACCCUGGCGAUGCUGGCCUCUGGGACGUCCAUUUCCGUGUUGGCGGCACUUCUGGCACCGAGCUCCAGUCAGACAAGUGCAAGAAGACUCCCAAAGAGACCACUCAGCCCAACCCUGAGUGUGUUGGCUCCUUCAUGAUGUUGCACAUCACCACGACUGCCUCGGUCUACAUUGAGAAUUGCUGGUUCUGGGUUGCUGACCACGAGCUGGACCUCACCGACUGGAGUCAGAUCAACAUUUACAACGGCCGCGGCGUGCUGAUCGAAUCCCAGAAGCCGGUUUGGCUUUGGGGCACAGCCUCUGAGCACAGCCAGCUGCACAACUAUCAGGUCACCAAUGCCAAGAACCUCUACAUGGGUGUCAUCCAGACUGAGACCGCUUACAUGCAAGGCAACCCUGACGCGCUGGUUCCUUUCAAGGCCAACGACGGUUUCUUCGAUCCCGACUUUGCCCAGAUCUGUGCUGGCUCAUCUUCGAGCCGCUGUGCUCGUACAAUGGGUCUUCGCGUCACCAACUCGUCUGACAUCUUCCUCUUUGGAGGAGGCUUGUACAGUUUCUUCGACAACUACGCACAGGAAUGCGUGGACCAGAACAACUGUCAAGAUGACAUGAUCAGCAUCGAGAACUCGAGCGUGCAUCUCUUUGGUGUCGCCACCAAGGCGUCUGUCAAUAUGAUCACGCACAAUGGCAAGACUGUCGCUCUCGACAAGGACAACCGCAACACCUUUUGUGCCGCUAUUGCAGUAUUUGAGACUUCCGAUGGCCCUGCUGGCGGCGUUGACAGCGUACCCGGCACAGGACCCGGAUCGAGCGGUCUGCCCAGCGAGGGCCCGACCCUGACUACCACGUCAACCCGGACUUCGACGAUCGCGACCACGAUCCAUACAAGCACGGUCACGGGCGGCGGAGCUGGAGCUGGUGCUGGAGGUGGUGGUGCCGGCAGCCCCGCACCCACCUCGGUUGCUGCUACUCAGACGGGUCAAUAUGGACAGCCUGCUCCCAGUGGCUCAAGCGAGACUGCCGCUAUUCCUGUUGCUUCCAGUGGCGGCGAUGAUUCUAUCCCAUCAGCAUCGACAAUCUUUCCUGCACCAGUCCCUGAACCCACCGACCAGGGAAACAGUAACGCGGGCGGCAACCCAGCCCCUCUACCGUCUCCCGUUCCAACCUCGCCGCCUGCCGCCAACAAUGGGGGCGGCAGCGGCAGUGGAGGCGAGGUGGUUGUGACUGUGACCGAGACACUGACCGUCCCGGGCAACUGCGGAGCGUCACUGUGAGGAGCUGUGACGAUCCCAUCGACCCGAACGCAGACCACACGUACGACAACUCAGACCCACACGAAGACUGCUGAGCCAACAUGUCGGGCAUGCAAGCCAUGCCAGUACGUGGUGACGGUGACGGCGUCGUGAGCGCAGUCCGAUUACUUCGAUUCUUAUUUUG